AUUCAAUUCAAUACGGAAGAAGUAGCAACAUUUAUUGUUUUAUCUUUUACAAGGCGGUUAAAUAAGUAUAAAUAUGGCUUAAUGGGAGUACAGAGGAACUGAUAUAACACAACCAAACAAAAAAUUGAAAUUAAAGUUCACCGAUAUUAACCUGCUUCUAACUAACAAAAAUUGUCCCACGAUAGUUUGGAUAUCUCUAUCCUUCCCGUUACUAGCUCCUGAUUACUUAAGCUAUACACACGCGCAUGAAAAGAUUUCCGCAUUCUUCUGGCUUACGUAAAUUUAUACCGCCCGGAGCUUGUGAAAUUUUGAUUCAACGACGUCAAGUAUACACACUUGUAUAUAAAGGCUGAUUUCUAUUGUACAAUGAACAAUUAAAGUAAAACUCAAUUUUCAUUAGACAAAUGCUUCUCUAUUCAUUUGUUUUCAUCAUUCUGAUUUAUGGAUGCACAGCUUUAUCCGUACUUAAAACUGGAAUUACCGCCAGUAAAGAAGGCAAGCUUUGGUUUCUAACCACAACACAUACAUCGUACGUGGUCGGGGUCGUUCCGGACACACUUGAACUUUUGAAUUUAUAUUGGGGUCCCCGAUUGACUUCCAUGGCCGAUAUCACUUUGCCUGUUCAACUUCCUGUCGAAAGAGGUUCCCAAGAACCUGCUAUCACUGCUGCCCAUGAAGAAUUUCCUGUCUUUGGUGGCUUACGUUAUGGACCUGAUGUCUUGCGGACACGUUUUGAAAAUGGUACACGUGAAUUGGACUUGAUUUAUACGGGCGCUCACUUGAAAAAGAAUGCGUUGACUAUUGUAUUAACUGACAAAGCGCAUAGAGGUUUCCAGGUCUCACUCUCUUACACCAUCGAUGUGGAAAAUGACAUAAUUCUCAGAAGCGCGGUGAUCAAGGCAACAACCAAGGAAUCUUAUCAUGUUUCAAAAGCAUUGACUGCUGCUUGGCAUAUUCUUCCUCCUGCUGGUAACGCCAACCGUGAGCUGGUCACUUUAGCUGGUGCUUGGGCUGCGGAGACACAGGUUCAACGACACACGCUUCAUCCUGGUACUUCCCAUGUACUAGAAUCAACUCGUGGUAUUCCCUCUGCUCGUGCUUACCCUUAUUUUGCUGUCAAGGAUACUUCCAGCGAUGGUGAACAUAGUGACAAUGGCGUUUAUUUUGGCUCUGUUGCAUGGAGUGGCAAUUGGAAAAUUCAAGUACAUACAGAUACCGAAGGCAAAGUAACCAUCAUUGGUGGUAUGCAUGAUCGCGAUUUUGGUUAUGACUUAAAAAAGGGAGAAGAAUUAGAGUUGCCUACUUUUGUAGCUGGUUAUACACCUGCCGGUUUAUCGGGUGCAAGAAAGUUACUGACAAAUCAUAUCCGGGAUAACAAAGACACCGACCUUGUGUCUGACCCUGACGCACUUUCACCUGUCUUGUACAACGGUUGGGAAGCUUAUGAAAUGUCUGUCAAUAUCACGAAUCAAAUGGAAAUGGCCAAGAAGUCUGCUGAUAUGGGUGCUGAUCUUUUUGUUCUGGAUGAUGGUUGGUUUCAAGGUCGUCAUGCUGAUAAUGCUGGUCUCGGUGAUUGGUUUGUUGACACCACCAAAUUCCCCAAUGGUUUAAAACCCUUGGCUGAUUAUGUUCACGGUCUAGGCAUGAAGUUUGGCCUAUGGUUUGAGCCUGAAAUGGUCAACCCCGAUUCUGACUUGUAUCGUAAACAUCCUGAUUGGGUUUAUCAUUAUGAUGAACGUACAAGACAUUUGGAAAGAAACCAACUCGUGUUAGACAUCACAAGAACCGAUGUAAGAAAAUAUGUUGCUGAUCUUGUUUUGAGUACGAUCCGCGAAGUGGGUGUUGACUUUAUCAAAUGGGAUAUGAAUCGCCCUCUCUCCGAUACUGGUUCGGCUCUUGGUCAAGAGGUUUGGGUCGGUCAUGUCAAUGCAUUUUAUGAGCUCGUAGAGAUGGUCAAAAAGGAAGGUGUACGCUUUGAAACAUGUUCUAGUGGUGGUGGAAGAGCGGAUAUGUCUAUUUUAAAAAAGGUAGAUUCCAGUUGGCCAAGUGAUAAUACAAGACCUGAUGCUCGGUUAAUGAUACAAUAUGGUAGCUCCCUUGUUAUCCCCCCUGAUAUGAUGAGUUGUUGGGUUACAGAUUCUCCCGGAAAUGAUGACCGUACUGUCUACCCCAUUUCUUACCGAUUCCACGUCUCCUUCAUGGGUGCACUUGGUAUUGGCUCCAACCUGAAUAAACUUUCCGAUGCCGAACUCAAGGAAUACAAGGGGUGGAUUAAAAUCUACAAGAGUUUCCAACACGUUGUUCAAAAGGGUAACUUGAACUGGUUGGUGGUGCCUCCUCAUGCAAACAAGAUGACAUCUGCUACCGAGACUUACACCGCUGUGACUCAAUCUACCACCAAGAAGAUGGAUGAAUCGGUCGUUUUGGCUUUUAGACAAUAUAGUCCCUUCUGGUUUCCUUUACCUCCUAUCAAGUUGCGUGAUUUAAUUUCCGAUGCAGAAUACAGUGUCAAUAUCUGGAGCAGUGAUCCUACCAAGACCAUUUUCGAAGGAAAAAUGACGGGUGGUGCACUGAUGAACAUCGGUUUAAACUUGCCUUACUUAACUAUUCAGGCUUAUAGCAGUGUUGUAGUCCAUUUGAAACAAGUUUAAAAUCAAAAAUAAAUAAUAUGUCAC